GGAGUAAAGAUAGGACCGGUUUCUAGCUCCAGCCAAUAUUUACACUUGUUCUUCAGUUCGUUGAUUACUCCGCACCUGUUCGGAGAUACGUAACAUGCAUUCUUCAUCACUAACCCAGUUAACUCCGGUUAUACCCUACAGUAGGGGAAAUGAUACAUUUUAUGCAGUUAAAUCCAAUCCCAGUCCUGCUCCUUCUCCUCUCAACCUUUCAACGGUUCUCCUAGAACACAGAGAAAAUAAAGAACACAGUAUUGAAAUGAGAUUACCGAGAGUUGUGAUAGAAGAAGAACCUGAGGAAAAAUUCAGGUUCCGGUAUAUAACGGAGAUGCAAGGAACCCAUGGAUGUAUUCGUGGGAAAAGCUUCAGCAAGAAAAACAAAAAAUUUCCUACAAUCAAGGUGGAGCAUGUUCCUCUCCAUAUUGAUAAACUAAGGGUUCGAGCAGGAUUAUACGCAGCUCCUGAUAAAAAAUCUCAUCACGUUCAUAAGUUGAUGUGGAAACAAUUCAGUUCUAAAGAAGAAAAUUUUGUUGAGGCAGAGAUUAGUAGAUCACAGGGAUUUGAACAAGUGUGGCAAGGUUUAGGAAUAAUCCACACUAGCAGGAGAAUACUAGAGGAAACUGUUCUUAACAGGAAGAAGAAAAUAUAUUUAGAAGAGAAAGCUGUCCGUGAGAGAAAUCCCCAUGUUCAGCUGACCAAGGUGGAGGAGAUCAACCUGAAGGCGGACGCGAAAAAUAUUAGUAAGGAGAUGACAAACAAGAUGAACAACGUGAUCCUCGGGUUCGAGGUGUUUACAGUGGUCGACGGAGUUUAUUAUCCUCUCUGUGAGAUGGUAUUCUCCCAGGAGAUCAAAAACUUAAAGAAUCCGACUACCGGAGACCUGAAGAUCACAAGGAUGAGUACCGGCUCCGGAUCCGUUCAGGGCGGAGACGAGGUUUUUAUCUUCACGGAGCGGGUAAUCAAGGGAAACAUCAAGAUCAGGUUCUUUCAGGAGAAUGAUGAGGAUGAAAGGAUCUGGGAAGAGUUUGCUAUUUUCUCCGAGAACGAUGUACAUCAUCAGUACGCUAUUGUAUUUAGGACACCAACGUACCGGGAUACUGGAGUAACGGAGAGUGUUGAUGUCUACUAUGAACUCUUCCGACCCUCCGACGAGGCUGUUUCGGAGAAAAAAACGUUUCGAUUCAAGCCUACAGAGGAAACUAUGAUGAGAAAAAGGAAACGAAUAAGAUCUAACCUAGAAGUUUCUGAACCUGUUCCUUUUAUCAACCCACCAAGGUUUGGAGGUAUCCAGUACAGAGCAGAAGAACAGCAGGAUGAGGAUGAGGACAGUAACAUGGAUGAAAACAAUCUUACAAUUGAUUUAAAUGUAAUAAACGAUCUAUGCAGUAAUUCUGAUUACGUCGAGACCCUGGCCUAUCCCUCGCCUUAUGAUCACGUGACGGACGGAGGUCCGAUGGAGCUGGUUCCGGAUUUUCUCCUCCGAGCCGGUCAACCCCAACCCAUCGCCGUCGGAGGCAGUAUAUCGACGGAUAGCGUAGCUGGGGGGACGGUUUCUGAAGAUGUUUCCGGGCAGCAGAUAGCCGAGUGCCUUUCAUAUCUUCUUCAUCAGUUCUCAGCAACAAAUGACAAGGGUUUAGUUUUCCAAAGAGUGAAACAGAUUCUUGCUUUCAUCACAUCACAAGGAAACAAUACUCUACACUCUGGUGUGUUGAGUGGUGAGGUGGAGGUUCUAGAGUAUAUACUGGAGGUUGCCUCCAGGAUCCAGUUCAACGAGAUACUGGAGGAACUAAACAACGAAGGAUUUACUCCACUACAUCUAGCGGUCAAAUUAGAAAACCCUGGACUUGCCAGGAUUUUGUUAAAAUACAACGUAAACCCAGAUACCUUGAGUAAGGAUGGAAAUACUGCUAUUCAUCUCGCCAUAUCAAGUCUCAACGUGGAGAUGGUUUCCGUCCUGCUAGAGUCCAACCUUAAACUAAAUAUUCCAAACAACGACGGACUUUUCCCCAUCCAUGUUGCUGUUAAGUGCGGACGCUUGGAUUUGGUUGCUGCUCUGGUCAAUAAAGGGGUAGAUGUCGACGCUAGGGAUCGAGUGACUGGCCGAACUUCUCUCCAUCUUGCCUUGAUAAACCAGUUUAAACAACUUGCGGAUUAUCUCCUCCAGGCCGGGGCGGAUACAACUUUGGAGGAUUACAGCGGAGAAACUGUUGAAGUUUUGGCGGAGAGGUUGAGGCUCUCUGGACUUGUUCGUCCUGAACAUCCGAACAUGACUAAGGAUCUUCUCUCCAGGUUAUCCGAGCACCGGACUGAACCCAGAGCAAGGUUCCAGGAUCUACCCCGGAGAGAACUGGAACUGCUCCUCCAGCAACUCUCGGUAGACAGCAAAUGGAAGAUAUUUGCCUCCAACCUGAGAAUGGAGAAUAUCAUCCCAAACCUUGAGAAAAUGGAGAACCCGUCUUUAGCACUUCUUCAUUGUAUACAGGAGCAAAGUUCAAGUAUGGAUGACGUAAUUGUCGCUCUCAGUUCUAUUCUUAUCAAAGAAGAAUGUUAAUGAUGUGCUGCAACAAAGUAUUAUUAAAGGGAUUGAACGGCUAUGUAAGGUAGUUGAACUGAGUAUGCAGUAUUGUUGAAAGCUUUGUUCGGAUU